AUGGCAGUUAACAUACCUGGAAUAAUAGCAGUCAUUAUAUUUUAUAUAUUGAUCAUUGCUAUUGGUAUUUGGGCUGGAAGAAAGGGGGCCAAUUCUACAACAGAAGAACUGCUGGUAGCCAAUCGUGGAAUGGGAUUAAUCGUUUCAUUCUUUACCAUGACAGCUACACUAGUUGGUGGGGCUUAUAUAAAUGGAACGGCGGAGAUAUUAGCAUCAAGUGGAGUAGUAUGGGCUCAAGCUCCUGUCGCUUAUUGUUUAGCUUUUUUGAUAGGUGGCGUGAUUUAUGGUCCAAAGAUGAGAAGAGCUGGGUAUAUAACAAUGUAUGACCCUUUCCAGAUAAAAUUUGGUAAUCGUGUAGGAGCACUUAUGUGUAUUCCACAGUUUAUGGGUGACCUCUUCUGGACAGCUGCCAUUCUUGCUGCUCUCGGUUCUACUAUAGCAAUUAUUUUAGACAUAGAUCAAACUAUUGCGGUGAUAAUAUCAGCUUGUGUGGCAAUCUUUUAUACCGUAUUAGGUGGUUUGUGGUCGGUAGCAUAUACAGAUGUCGUUCAGUUAAUUUGCAUUGCUAUUGGGUUGAUAAUAGCUGUGCCAUUCGCAUUGAACCACGAGUCAGUUGAUUUCAGUCGAAUUUCGGAUUCAUGGCAAGGAACAAUUCCUACCAACCAAAUUGGUUACUUCAUUGAUAUAUAUGGGGUUUUACUACUAGGAGGUAUUCCAUGGCAGGUGUACUAUCAAAGGAUAUUGGCAUGUAAAACACCGGAAAGAGCUCGACUAGCAUCACUAGUAGCUAGUGUAGCUACCUUUUGCUUUGCGAUUCCAGCAGCUUGUAUGGGAGUCGCAGGAGCUUCUGCAGACUGGAAUCAAACAAGCUACACGGGAGAAAUUCCAAUCCCUAAGGAGAAGAUGAGUUAUAUAUUACCAUUAGUACUCCAGUAUCUCUGUCCACUACCAGUAUCAUUGAUAGGUUUAGGUGCAGUCUCAGCAGCAGUCAUGUCUUCAGCUGACUCUAGCAUAUUAUCUACAUCAUCUGUUUUUGCUAAAAAUAUAUAUCAACAGUUUUUCAGACCAAAGGCUUCUGAUAGAGAAAUGGUAUGGGUUUUAAGAAUUGGUAUUAUAGUAGCAGGUGCCCUGGCUACAUCUAUCGCAAUAGGAGCAAAAAGUGUUUAUGGAUUGUAUGUUUUAUGCUCCGACUUAAUGUAUGUUAUUCUCUUUCCACAAUUUACAUGUGUUCUAUUUUUUGAUGUUAGUAAUGCUUAUGGGUCUUUGAUAGGAUAUACCAUUAGCGUCAUCUUACGAGUUAUAGGUGGAGAAGCAGUGGUAAAAAUACCUCCUUUAAUACAUUAUCCGUUUUAUACCGAGGAAGCAGGACAAAACUUUCCAUUCCGGACUUUAGCAAUGUUGUGUAGCCUGAUUUCAACAGUUCUAUUCUCUUGGUUGUUUGAAAUUAUGUUUAAAAAGGAGAUCAUACCGAAAAGAUUUGACGUAUUCGGUUGUACCAUUGUUAAUAUGCCCAACCUUCACAUAAGAGAUGCCUCAUAA